UCGCAGUACAUCGCCGACGAUGGCAAACAUCACGUCCUGUGUUUCACAUUUCAUAAUAUGCACCUUAAUUGGUACUGCACGUUUGAGGUCCUGUCGCUCGAAGGAAAGUCAGCACCAGCACAAGGGGAACAGGAAAUGAAAGCUCCGAAAGAACGGACAUGGAAGAACGAAUAAUGACGGACAGAAAAGAACAAAGAACCGAGCAAGAGAAAAGGAUAGAAGAAGGAAGGUACUGCACUAGGUACAAAGAACUGAGAACAGAACAUAUCCCGAAGUACCUACAAAAAAAAUAUAAAGGAAGAGACCAGAGAAUGAUCGCAAGGUAUAGAUGCGGAAACGAGGAAGAAGGAAGCAAGUACUGGAGAAAAGAAGAAGAAAGAGUAUGUAGAAUAUGUGGCGAGAAAAAGGAAACGUUAGAGCAUCUGAGGUCCGACUGCGUGGAGACUCUAAGGGAUGACAGAAAUAUCAAAGACAUCUUGAAAGAUACAGGAGAAGGAGCAGAUUGGAUGAGGAAAGUGAUCAAACUCAGGAAGGACCGAGGAAGCGAGCAAGGACCAAACGAAAUUGAUAGCAACGCUAUGUAACAUAGUUUUUUUUGUCAGUUUAAAGAAAUGUAGCACCCCCUUUCAAGGCCGAAAGGCAAAUGAAAUAAACAAAAUAUAUAUAA